GUCUUUUACUUUAUAAUGUCUUGUUCCUAUCUAAUAAUACAUCUUGGUUUUUAUCGGAAACAGUCGUCCUUACCAUCCCUGCUAUGGGUCUCUAAUGUUAUAUCCAUUAUUGGUGGUUUUUUCUCUUGUUAUUUUGGGUUGUUUGGCAAGGGGCACAAAGAUGAAGAUUUCCAUUUUCUAGAGACUCUUUUGAAAAAUAGUCCUAGUCAAAACAAUGUUGAUGAUGAGCAAGGAUCAAGUUCUAAUGGAGAGAAUAUAACUCCUUAUGCAAAUGCCAAUCUUCUUAGUAUUGUUACUUUCUCUUGGAUGGGCCCUUUGCUUACAAUCGGGAACAAAAAAACGCUAGACCUUCAAGAUGUUCCUCAGCUUGCCAAUUGUGAUAGUGCUAAUGUGGUAUUUGCUCAUUUUAUAAAUAAACUUGAAUCUAAUGGCAAUGAUGGUCAUAUAAGCACACUUAAGUUGGGGAAGGCAUUGAUUCUCUCAAUGUGGAAAGAUUUUGUAUGGACAGCUCUAUUUACCAUUGCAUAUUCAUUGACUUCUAGCGUUGGACCAUACCUUAUUCAUGACUUUGUUCAGUAUCUCAAUAGCCCUCAUCAACAAAAAUAUAAAGGUUAUGUACUAGUGUUUAUCUUCUUCCUUUCAAAACUUAUAAGUUGCCUCUCAAAUAGGCACUUGUCUUUUCUAUCACGAAAGAUGGCAAUUAGAGUCCGUGUUGCCUUGUUUGCAAUAAUCUAUAAGAAGAGUCUUAGGCUUUCAAGCCAAUCAAAGCAAUGCCACACUAGUGGAGAAAACAUUAAUUUGUUAACCGUUGAUGUUGAGAGGACUGGCCUUUUCAGUUGGUACUUGCAUGAUUUUUGGAGGCUGCCUCUUCAAAUUGUUCUAGCAUUAUUGAUCUUGUACAAGAGACUUGGCCUGGCUUCACUUGUAGCUUUUGUUAUCACAAUGAUUUUGAUGUUAGCAAAUGCUCCUAUAGGAAAAUUACAAGAGAAAUUUCAGGGAGAAUUGAUGAAUUCAAAGGAUCGAAGGAUGAAAGUAACAUCUGAGGCUUUGAGGAAUAUGAGGAUUCUCAAGCUCCAGGGCUGGGAGAUGAAGUUCUUGACUAAAAUAAUUAAGCUUAGGAACUCUGAAACAAGAUGGUUAAAAAAGUUACUUUGCACGUCAUUUAUAACUGCCUUUGUCUACUUGUCAGCUCCUAUGUUUGUAUCUAUGGUUACUUUUGGAUUUUGUAUUCUUAUGGGAAUUCCACUAGAUUCCGAAAAGGUUCUAUCUGCACUUGCAACAUUUGAGAUACUGCGAGGACCCAUUUAUAUUCUCCCAGAUUCAAUUGCCAUGGCUGUUCAAACUAAAGUUUCCCUCAGUAGGAUAGUCUCAUUCCUAUGUCUUGAUGAUCAUCAUUCGAAUAUAGUGCAUAAGCUUCCAAGAAAUAGUACCAAGGUUGCAGUUGAGAUAGUCAAUGGGAAUUUUUCUUGGGAUCUUCAUUCCCUUAAUUCUCUCACAUUAAAAGAUCUUAAUUUUCAAGUGUAUCAUGGUAUGAAAGUGGCUAUUUGUGGAUCUGUUGGGUCAGGCAAGUCAAGCCUACUUUCAUGCAUAUUGGGGGAAAUGCCGAAGAUAUCUGGAACCAUUAGGUUGAAUGGGACAAAAGCAUAUGUUGCACAAUCAUUCUGGAUACAAAGUGGCAAGAUAGUAGACAAUAUAUUGUUUGGUAAGGAGAUGGACAAGGAAAGGUAUGAGAUGAUCCUUGAAAUAUGUUCAUUGAAAAAUGACCUAGAAUUGUGUCCUUUUGGGGACCAAACAAUCAUAGGGGAGAGGGGGAUCAACUUGAGUGGUGGACAAAAGCAAAGAAUCCAAAUUGCACGUGCUUUAUACUAUGAUGCCGAUAUGUAUCUACUUGAUGAUCCUUUUAGUGCUGUGGAUGCUCAAACAGGAUCUCAUCUUUUUAAGGAAUGUUUGUUGGGAAUAUUGAGUUCAAAAACAGUAAUAUAUGUUACCCACCAAGCUGAGUUUUUAUCUUCUGCUGAUCUUAUCUUGGUUAUGAGAAAUGGAAGGAUUACUCAAGCAGGAAAGUACAAUGAAAUUCUUAGUUUAGGAACUGACUUUAUGGAAUUAGUGGGUGCACAUAAGAAAGCUUUGGAGGACCUUAGUUCUGUUAAACAUGGGGCUACUUUGGAAAAGUUAAUUAAUGGUGAGGAAGAUGGUAAUGGGUUGUGUGGUGAGAAGUCUAUUCAAAAUGAUGAGGAAAGGGAACCCGAAAUCUACAAAAAUGAAAAACCAAUUGGGUCAGAAGGACAACUUGUCCAAGAAGAAAAGAAAGAAAAUGGUGGAGUCAGUCUUUCAAUCUAUUGGAAGUAUAUUACCACUGCAUAUAAAGGGGCUUUUAUACCACCAAUAUUAUUAACACAAAUUUUAUUUGAGCUUCUUCAUGUUGUCAGUAGUUACUGGAUGGUGUUGGCUACUCCCGUUUCAGAGAAUCUGGACCCUCAUAUUAGAGGAUCUAUUCUCAUCUUUGUUUAUGUUGCUUUAACCAUUGGAAGCUCUCUUUGUGUACUAAUAAGGUCUAUGCUCAUUGUAAUUGUUGGAUAUAAGACAGCCACUCUGCUCUUCAACAAAAUGCAUUUGUGCUUUUUCCGUGCUCCCCAAUCAUUUUUUGAUUCUACUCCGAGUGGAAGGAUUCUAAAUCGGGCAUCCAUAGACCAAAGCGCAGUUGAUACUGCUAUUCCACAUCAAAUUGAAGAAUUCCUUAUCUCAAUCAUAGAUUUUUUGGGAACUAUUGCAGUGAUAUCACAGGUUGCAUGGAAAAUUUUAUUAGUUUUUAUUCCGAUGACCGUGAUAUGCAUUUGGUAUCAGCAAUAUUACCAAUCUACAUCACGAGAACUUUCACGGCUAGCUAGAAUAUGCCAAGCUCCAAUUAUACAACAUUUUGCUGAAUCUAGUUUAGGUUCAACUACCAUCAGGUGUUUUGAUCAAGAAGAGAGGUUUAUGGACACAAACCUCAAGCUAGUGGAUGGGUAUUCUCGGCCCAAAUUUCAUCUCUCUGGUGCAAUGGAGUGGUUAUUCUUUCGCAUGGAUAUAUUGACAUCUAUCUCAUAUGUUAUCUCUUUGAUUUUUUGGAUCUCAUUCCCGAAGGGAGUACUCAAUCCUGGUGUUGUGGGUUUAGCAGUAACAUAUGGGCUUCAUUUUAGUAUGCAUGGGCUCGUAUGGGAUCUUAGCAUACUUGAGAAUAAAAUCAUAUCAGUUGAGAGAAUAUUGCAGUACACCUGCAUCCCUAGUGAACCCCCUCUAUUAGUAGAAGAAAAUAGACCAAGUCAUGAAUGGCCAUCACAAGGGAAAAUUGAUUUUUUUGAUCUACAGGUGCGGUAUGCCCCACAUCUUCCUCUUGUCUUGCAAGGUCUCACAUGCACUUUUUUUGGAGGGAUGAAGAUUGGCAUCAUUGGGCGAACAGGAAGUGGUAAAUCAACUCUUGUACAAGCUCUCUUUCGCAAGAUUGAGCCGACAUCCGGUCAAAUUUGGAUUGAUGGUAUCAACAUCUCCAAGAUUGGCCUUCAUGACUUGCGGUCACAAUUGAGCAUCAUCCCACAAGAUCCAACAAUGUUUGAGGGGACUCUAAGAAGCAAUCUUGAUCCGCUUGAAGAGUAUACUGAUGAACAGAUUUGGGAGGCUUUAGACAAAUGUCACCUUGGUGACAAAAUCAGAAAGAAGGAAAAGAAGCUUGAUUUUGCAGUGACUGAGAAUGGUGAGAAUUGGAGCAUGGGUCAAAGGCAACUAGUCUGUUUAGGGAGGGUAUUACUCAAGAAAAGCAAAGUAUUAGUACUUGAUGAAGCUACUGCAUCAGUGGAUACUGCGACUAACAAUCUUAUUCAACAAACGCUUAGGCAACAUUUUUUAAGUUCUACAGUAAUCACAAUUGCACAUAGGAUAACAUCAAUUGCUGAUGUCGAUUUGGUCCUCCUUCUAAAUAAUGGCUUUAUACUAGAAUAUGAUUCUCCAGCCAAAUUGUUAGAGAUCAAGUCCUCUUCAUUUUCCAAGCUUGUUAGGGAGUAUACUCAAAGAUGUAGUUCCUAGUUUUUGAAAGACUGAAUAAGUGAGUUUUGAAAGUUCAAACACAAGCUGACUUCAUUUGAUUGAUGUGCUAUGAGUUUGACAAAAUUUUGUUGGGAGAUUGAGGCAGCUUGUAAUCAUUUGAGUUGGCAUUAGAAUUCAGUGGAAGCAUUUUAGUUGAAAAGAAGAUGAGGUGGGGAAAAUAUUUUUCUUAA